AUGGCUUCCCCAUCUUUCUUCCUCUUCGGCUCCUCCCUCCUCCUCGCAGCCGCCGUGUUCUUCCGUCACCACGACGGUGCCACCACGCACCUCCACUUCUACAUGCACGACGGCUACACCGGCCCGCGCCCCACCGCCAUGCGCGUCGUGUCCGGCCGGUCCUUGCUCGAGGACGACGGCAACGCCACCGCCACAGCCACGUCGCCGCGGCAGUUCGGCGACAUCGUGGUGCUGAACAACGCGCUGACGGAGGGGCCGGGCGCCGGCAGCGCCCGCGUGGGCACGGCGCAGGGGUUCGGGGUGCGGGUGUCGGAGCGCGGCGUGGUGACGGACCUGAGCAUGCACAUGGUGAUGGAGGCCGGCGAGCACCGCGGCAGCUCGGUGGCGGUGAAGGGCCGCAUCGACGUGGGCGUCGCCGUGCGCGAGUCAGUGGUCGUCGGCGGCACCGGCCGAUUCCGGCUGGCGCGCGGGUACAUGGUCAGCAGGAGCUACGACUACAGCCUCGCCGGCGGCGGCGUCGUCGAGAUCGACGUCUACCUGCAGCACUAG